GCAAGAAACUAAGGAACAGAAAUAGAUGGGGAGGCUCUUCUGUUUCUUAUUGUGCAUCCUUAUAUCCAUGCCCCUCUUGAUCGUGGCACAACCCCUCUCCACGGACUCACGAUGGAUCGUCAACAGCGAGUCAGGGCAACGUGUGAAGCUGGCGUGCGUUAGCUGGCCAUCGCACCUUGAAGUAGUGGUGGCCGAAGGGCUGAGCAAGAAGGCAGUGGAUGAGAUUUCUCAAGAUAUAAGGGACAUGGGGUUCAACUGUGUCAGGUUGACAUGGCCUCUCUUCCUAUUCACUAAUGAUACAUUAGCCUCCAUCACAGUCAGGCAGUCCUUGAGGAACCUCGGAUUGUUCGCAUCCAUCUCGGGCUUUCAGGCAAACAAUCCCUCCAUCAUCGAUCUUUCUCUCAUCGAUGCAUACAAGGAAGUGGUAGCUAGUCUUGCGAAAAAACAAGUGAUGAUCAUACUUGAUAACCAUACGAGUAAGCCAGGCUGGUGCUGCAGCACUUUCGACGGCAAUGGGUUCUUUGGGGACGAGUUUUUUAACCCAGAAGUGUGGAUCAAGGGCCUCACCACGGUUGCCACUACUUUCAAUGACACUAAAUAUGUCGUUGCCAUGAGCUUGAGGAACGAGCUCAGAGGACCAAGACAGAAUGUCGACGAUUGGUACAGGUACAUGCAGCAGGGAGCGGAAGCAGUGCAUGCAGCAAAUCCUAAUGUUCUCGUGAUUCUAUCUGGGCUACAAUACGAUAGAGAUCUUUCUUUCCUUGUAGACAAACCGGUGGCCUUGACUUUCUCGAACAAGCUGGUAUUCGAGCUGCAUUGGUAUGGUUUCUCAGAUGGGCAGGCAUGGAAGACCGGCAACCCCAAUGAGGUUUGUGGGCGUCUGGUGAGCGAAACGAUGACCAAGGCCGGUUUCCUAUUGACACAGGGGUUUCCAUUGUUUCUUAGCGAGUUUGGGAUGGACAUGCGAGGAACAAAUAUCAACGACAACCGGUACAUGAACUGCUUCAUGGGCUGGGCAGCCGAACAAGACGUGGAUUGGGCAUUGUGGACUCUCACUGGGAGUUAUUACCUAAGGGAUGGGAUUGCAGGAUUCGACGAAACCUAUGGCGUCUAUGACUGGAAUUGGUGCAACACUCGGAACCAAAGCAUCCUACGCCGGAUUUCGUCUCUCCAGUAUCCAUUCAGAGGGCCAGGUUACGCAGAAAGCCGUGAACACAGAGUACUAUUUCAUCCGAUGACAGGCCUGUGUGUCAAGAGGAUAUCAAUACUCAAACCUUUGAUUUUAGGACCGUGCACUGAGGCAGAAGCCUGGAGCUAUAGUCCACAGCAAACCUUGACGAUAAAGGGAACAUAUUUUUGCCUGCAAGCAGACGGGUUGGGAAAGCCAGUGAAACUCGGGAUAACAUGCAGCGAUGGCAAUUCCAAAUGGGAAGCCAUUUCAGACUCCAAGAUGCAGCUUUCUACAAACCUCGAAGCCAAGAAAAGUGUCUGCUUGGAUGUAGAUUCGGACAACAAAGUCGUCACAAACGACUGCAAAUGUCUGGAUAACAGAAACAACAAGUGUGAUCCAGGAAGCCAGUGGUUCAAAAUUAUUGACAGCACAAGAAGAAGUCAGAGUGGCCGUAGCGACUUCUUCCAUGAGAUCGGCUUGACUGGUGAACCUAUUGCAAGGACUAUUAUCAGCUUAUGGGAGGGGAUGCAGCUCACCAUUUCAUGAUACAUUUGCAGAUGGCAAUGCAAUAGAGAAAUUCGAACACGACAAGGAGGGCAAUUUGAGGGAUGGAUCACUAGCAAAGAAGAGACAUCAUUGAUUCCAUCAAAAAAUGACUCCGAUAUUGCAAUUCUAUCCUUAAAGCUAAUUUUUCAAGCAUCCAAUCUAAGACCCAAGCCUAGCAAUAAAGAAAAAAGAAUACAAGUUCUCUCAACCAGUCCCCUCAGUCACCAGUUCCUCAUCCAACUAAAAUCAGUCAGUCUGUUUCCCCACAAUAGAAUCAGUUAAAACAAUCUACUAGAGGUACUAAUUUCUAUCAUAGUCAUAGAUGCAUUUUAUAGUUCUUCACACAUUGAAACUACAACAAAUGGUAUUCAAUUAAAGAAAUAAAGUUGUAUUCAGCA